AUGAAUUACAAAUAUGGUCGUAAUUUAGCUGCCUUACAGGACUGCGAACCUCGAGAGAAACGGAGAGAUGAUAAUAAUGUUGAUGACGGUGAGGAGGAGAAAAAGAAUAAAAAGAAAAAGAAGGAGACGAAGGAGAUGAAGAAGGACGAGAGGAAGAAGAAGGAGGAGAAUGUGGUGGAGGAGGAGGAGGAGGAAGAGAAGGCUGUUGCUGCUUCUUCUACUCCUUCUUUUUCUGAUGAUUGGGUAUCUUGUCAAGAUUUUGAUAAUAAUGUUGAUGACGGUAAGGAGGAGAAGAAGAAUAAAAAGAAAAAGAAGGAGACGAAGGAGAUGAAGAAGGACGAGAGGAAGAAGAAGGAGGAAAAUGUGGUGGAGGAGGAGGAGGAGGAGGCGGCGGAAGAGGAGGCUGUUGCUGCUUCUUCUCCUUCUUCUUCUUCUGAUGAUUGUCUACUGGACACACAGGGGCCAACAAUGUAUCAUGAGAGGCGAUUAAAUCAUAGUCACGUGUUUGGCUCUUCUCGAUGGACAGGUCGCACUAAUGCUUGUGAGAAGGAUAAGGCGGAGAAGAAAUAG